CAUUUUGCAAUAGUUGAGCUUUAAUCUGUGUAUAUACACAUGGACAUUCAACCGCGGUAUAAACCUUCGUGGCGCAAGUGAGACAGCUUCUGCAGCGAUGUGGUUUACAAGGCUGACUGUCAGUUUUACAGUCAUUCUGAUGCUCGCCCUCACAGUCAUGGUGGAGAGCAUCCACGGAGCUACACCCGAAGAUUGUGCGAACCUAAAAUGCAAUGCACCUGGCGACCCUGCGUGCCUACCCGAGUGCGAGUGCGUCUUUAUGGGCAACGGAUACGGCUGCGUCCCGGUAGUGAACUGGAGGUCAAGAAUGAAACAUCCAAGAUUCAGGCUGCCACUCCAACGUAGAAGACAACGCCCGCUGUGGCUGGGAUAUCUCAAGUAUCUCAAGUCGCAGAGUGUAUCCCCCUGGUCCAGAUUGUGUUGGUUUACCUUGUAGCAGACGGAAUGACCCAUGGUGCGGACCACUCUGCUUCUGCUUCCGUAGCGGAAGCGGAUUACUCGAAUGUAGAGCACGACGACAAGGCUAACUCAGAGCUACACAAAAUAGUGGCAUGGUGAAUCUGCGCUCGAAAACUUUAAGUGAAAUAAAAUUUACUACUCCUUCUAAGAAGA